AUGUACGUGGAGGCUUAUAGGCAUCAGGUGGGCGGCCACUGCCGUCUGCUGAAGCCAAAGGAUUCUUCAAAGGUCUGCAAGCCCCUGAACGAAAAUGAAUUCCGUUUUUAUGAUAAGCUUGCCUCUUUGGGGGCCCCCAACGCGGAGGCGGGGCCCCUUCAUAUUCUGAAGCAGUUUGUACCCAAGUACUAUGGAGUCACUGAGAUCGUCUUGCACGCCCCUAUGCAGGAAUGGGAGCAGAAAAGGAGGGAUUGUUUUCUGCAGCAGCAGCAGCAGCAGCAGCAAGGCGACUUGCAGGGCGCGAAGGGUGCCACGCAUGCUUCUCCCGCAUUGGAUGCAGCUGCGGUAUGCAGAGACAACGGCAGCGGGUGCUCUUCGGAGAGCAACAGCAACAGUUGCAGCAAGACUAGCUGCAGGGUAUCGCCUGACGGUCGAAGGACCGGCAGCACGAACUUCAGUGGAGGGACCCCUGUUGCUGUCAGCUAUGGGGGGGGGCCCCUCAGCCCGUCGAGUCAGGCCCCUCAAGGGGCCUCCCCCGUUGCCGAGGGCCUCGCGCCAGUGGGCCAUUUGGACCCUCCUUCCGCCGCCAUGAGCGGCUCGGCGAGCAGCACGGCUGCGAAGCCGAGUCGGAGCAGCGGAAGCAACAGCUACAGCGUGCGGAAGCACAUCGUCUUGGAGGAUUUGGUUUUUGGAUUUAGGAAGCCUUGUGUGCUGGAUAUCAAGAUGGGCACGCGGCAGCGGACUUUGGGGGCGGAUGCUGCGAAGGAACAGCGACAGCGCCUCAAGAGCUUGCAGACAACCAGUCACGCCCUUGGAUUUAGACUUUGCGGCUGCCAGGCGUGUGUCGGUGCGUGUGGUCUGCAGUAUUACAAUAAGAAGACCGAUACGCUAUGUUACCGAGACAAAUAUUGGGGCCGAAAGCUCACAAAGGAAAAGGUCCCCCAGGCGAUCCGCCAGUGGUUUUGGAAUGGUGCUUCGCUCUACGAUGAUUUAAUCCCAUGCCUUAUGAAAAAACUGAAGCUCUUUUAUCGCUGUGUUGAGAAACUGAAACACUACAGAUUUUGGUCUUCCUCUCUUCUGUGGGUAUACGACGGAGGGCUGGCGGACUCGGAGGCGCGACGCUCCAGCCUAGAUAUCCGCAUGAUUGAUUUUGCGAAUACCAUCUACCUUCAAGACAAUCCUUCACCCGACGAGGAGUACCUCUUUGGCCUUCGUAAUCUGAUAGGGGGCCUCGAGACCCUCUUGGUGUCGUGCCAAGUGGUAGCUGCUCCUGUUCUGGCUGCUGGAAGGCAGCAGCAUCACUGCGUCUAUCAGCAGGACCGACAAGAGCGAUUGCUGGACAGAGGAGAGAAGGCCAUGGAGACUUUGGGGGCCGUGAACAGCGAGUGGGUGGGCGCAGGCGUGUCUACUGGUGGAGAGGGGGGAGCCGCUCACCGCUCAUGGGAGAGAGAGAAUCCUGCGGAGCACUCCGUCUUGACGACUCCCGAGGCAGCACCUGCUGCUACUGCUGCAGCAGUAGCAGCAGGUGCAGCAGCAGUAGCAGCAGCGGCGGCUUCCCGCGCCAUGUCGUGUCAUUCGCCGUCUCGUGAGGGCCAGGGAGCAGAGCGGCCUGUGGUUCCUCUCUCUGCAACCCCUGCAGUCGAAGGGUGUUACGGCGAGGACCUUCCCGAAUGCCGUGUAGGGGAGCGCUCGCUUCUGCUCCUUGGUAGCGAGCAAACCCUCGAGAACCGCCCGUGCGACAGCGUUUUUUUGCCCCCUGCAGAGGCGUCCAGAGAACGUGAGGGGGCAGCAGCCGGCUGGGAAAGGCACGGGGCCGAGCGAGAGCGUCAGGGGGCUUUCAGCGCCUCUGCGUCUGGAGUCAGCAGGACGAGUCGCAACAGUGCCAGGAUGCCACCCCCCGUUCUGCUUUCUUUCGAGGAAGACAAACAGAUGCUGGGGCCGCCCUUGCUGCCGGGAGAUAAGAGCACUGCCGUGGAAACGGGGGAGGCAUCAGUCGACGCCUCACACCCAAGGGGGUCGCCCCCGAAGGGUGUGUUUUCAAAAGAUGCAGCCAACACAACAGCAGGAGGAGCAGCAGCAGCAGGGCCUGCAGCAGAAGCAGCCGCAGGUGUCUCUCUAGAGAAUGCCCAAGCAUCUUCGCGAGUUGAUAUCGCCUCCGCAGGGGCCGCCGUGGUGACACUCCCCCCAAAGUCGGAACGCGAGCAAGGGCCCACAGAAGCACCGCUAGCUGCAGCAAGAGUUGUUGUCGCUGCUGCAGGUGCAGCAAUGGAUGCUGCCACAGAGACUCGGCCUGAGAGCCGACUGCCAUUGUUCGAUGUCGCGACAGGAUCGCCAAAGGGCCCCUCUCCACCCGGCCGUGAAGCCCCUUCCUCGCGUGUGUCCCCUCCAGCUGACCCUGCAGGGGCGGUAAGGGCUGACACAAGAGAUGUCGGGGAAGAGGCCCUCUUCAAUGCCGCAUUCGUGCCAACCGCAGCUCCAACGCUGCUUGACGGUGCCACUGAAAGCGCGAUGUUGUCGCUGCCCCCGCCAGCGGCCGCGCCUGCGCUGUCUUCGGAGGACAGGAGGAGCGUUGUUUCUUCUGGCGAAAUAAUGGACUUAAGUAGUCAUGCGCUGCUCGACAAGACCUGGGGGGAGGAGGAGCAGCGGGCGUCCCCAGCGUCUCCUGUGCCAAGCGCAGGUUCCCCAGGUGCCUCUGAGGGCUCUUCGCCUGCCAGUGUAUUUUUCAGACAGGAAUCUCUGUCCUUCGUUGAGGAACAAGGCCUUGUUGCCCAGGAGCAAAGAAGCCCCUUUUUCUCCGAGAAACUUGACAUGCGGCGGCCCCUCGGAGGAGGGAGUACCCCCGUGGGGGUGCAUCAGCACGAAGUAGCUGCCACGGAUAACGCCAUGCGAGGAACUCGCCGGAGAAGGCCCUUCGGAGAAGAGCACUUGGACCUCUCCGGGCUCGGAGGGGCCCUUGCGGCUAGUCCUGACGCAAGGCACUCGUCUUUCUUACGAGCUCCCAUGAAUGCCCCUCUGGAAAGCCUCUCGACAGAGGCAGCUUCUGACCCUCCCUUCACCUACACAGCGCUCUUCAGGCGGUCCUUCUCGGCCCCGGGCCUGUGCGGCGUGGACUGCCGCAGGGGCUCAGAGGGCCCACAGGGCCCGCUGGGGGCCUCGGGUUUAGUGGAGCCAGCUGUGUGGGAGAAUUACGGCUGCGACCCCUACCCCACUUUGCCGGGCUUCAUAGUGCGCUUCCUAGGGAAUGCAGCUAGUGAUUCUGCGCUUACAGCCAGCGACGAAGCGGCAGGAGCUGCGGAUGGAGUAUCAGAGGGCAGACAGAGCAGCAGCAGCAGCAGCAGAUGCUCGUCUCUGUCAGGCGCAUCCCCAAGAGAGGGCAUUGAUGCGGGCUAUGAGGCAGAAGAUGAUGCUGCAGCUGCGAGGGCCCAGGGGGCCUUUCGAGGGGGCGUUUCAAGAGGCAGACACAGGGAGGCACAUCCGCGGCAGCAGGAGCGGAUGACCAGACGCCCUUUUCGUUGCUCUGGAAGCCCUGCGCUGGAGGGGCAGGGGCAGCAGCUACAUGCAGCAGCAAGCAAGCCCAGGAAGCGUUCCUGUUCUUCUCUUCCACGCGUGGCCUCUGAUUUUUAUAGCCACUUGGUCGUGCAGGGCCCGCCUUCGUCCGGCCCCCAGCAGCAGCUGCUUCAUCUGCUGCAGCAACAGGAAGAGCUCCAUCUGCUGCAGCAACGGCACCAGGAACGCGUGCUUCAUAUGCUUCGGCUAAGCAACAGAGAGAUGCGGGGAGGCAGGAUACGGGUAGGGCCCUCCUCGGCUGCCGCUGGGGGCCCAGAGGGGCCCCCAGCGCUCACUCUGCCCUGCAGUAGGAGGCCCCCUAUUGCCAGGCUCAGGCAAGGAUUGGGGAGGCCCCCAAUGGCUGGGUCUCAGAGCAUGAGGAGCAGCGCUACCAACGCCCUGUCAACCCGUCGCCGUUUGCUCCAGCAGCAACUGAUGCUGGAGCAGCAGCUACUGCAACACCAAGUUAGACUCAGGAUGCUGCAGGUGCAGCAAGGACAACAUCAGCAGCUGCAGCAACAACAGCGCAUGCAGCAACUAGACAGACAACAGCCAACGUCGGCCCCCUGGACACCGCGCAGGCAGAGGAGGCGUGAGAGGCACGGUUUCGGGGCCUCCCCUUUGACUUCGGCCGCCUCGGGGACCAUAGGCGGCCCCGUUGCCCGUCAGGGUAUACCUAGGGUUGCGCGGCAGAUACACGCAAGACCCUCAGCCGCUAUGAGGGGGCGGAGGCACUCGACCUCCACGGUUAACCAGACGACUAGCGAGAAAGGAGGGAGAAGCGGAUUGUAA